AUGUCCCGGCACCUGUUUUAUGCUGCGGUGCUGCUCCUCCUCUGCGUGCUGUUGAUACGCGGCGGCAGCUGUGAAAGUGCCAGCGCUGAGGAGACGCUGGAGGAAGUGCGUCAUCGAGUGCCCAAACCUCAAUCGUUUGCGAAGGUCAACAUUGGCCUGGGCCCCAAAGCGGACUUCAAGGGCGCAACGGGUUCGUUCCGUGGCCCUGGACUUGUUGAUGUGAGUGGGGAGACCGUCGUCUUUGCCGGGGCGCACGCGGGAGCUUCCGCUGUGGGUGUUGCUGCUGGCAUUGCCGCAGGGGGCAUCCCGGCUGAAGGGGCGUCAGCGGCGCAGGGCGGAAGAGUGAUGGAUGAUGAGCUGACGGCGUACUUUCCGCAGGAGGCUGAGCCCGCGAGUGGAGGGGCCCCGCGUCUCAUGCCGCCGACGACAAUUGUGAACGGGAGCACAGUUUACCUUCUCCUCGGACAGUACGUCGCCGCGGGCCCUGUUCCCGCCAACGGGAGUGUGGCCCCCUACACGGACCUGCUGCUGGCAAAGGUGGUCUUCGACGCCAACGCCACGCCCAGUGCGCAGACACGUCAAAUCCAGUGGGCCGACACCUACUCCCUGUGGCCCUACUUCCCCACAACGAUUUAUUACAGGUCCAUCGUGGAGGUGGUGGGCAGCGGCGGAACUGGUGUCGUGCUGGACGACGGGACAUUGACCUUCCCAGUGCAGGCCCGAAAGGCAGAUGGGACGGUGGUCUCCCUAGUCCUGCAGUCGCGAAGGCCCGAAGAAGACUGGGAGCUCUCGUGGGGCACGACUGUGAGCGGCUGCUCCAACCCCGCCAUCGCCGAGUGGGACAGGAAAUACGGGACCCUCUACAUGGUCACCUCCUGCGACGAGGGCUUCUACAGGGUGGUGAGGUCCCGUUACCGGGGAGAGGAGUGGGUGGAGGAGGACGUGGUACUUUCCCGCGUGUGGGGCACCUCACGCGCCCGAACAGGGAAAGGCGUGCGAAGCGGGUUCGUCAUUGCCACCAUUGGGGGAAAAAAACUGAUGCUCCUCACGAUGCCGGUGUAUUCUGAAGGCAAAGAAAACCAAGGAGGAAAGGGUCGGCUGCAUCUUUGGUUGACGGACAGGCAACGCGUGUACGACGUCGGGCCGAUAUCCGCCGCGGACGAGGACGCCGCUGCCAGCUCCCUGUUCUACAAGAGUGACAAGCAGGGGGAUUGA